UGAUUUUGGGUUUCCGGGUGAACACGAGGCAACGCAACUGAUGGACGGGGUAGAUCUCAUUCACGUUCUCCCCUUAUAGUAGGCUUCAUUGAGAUUUUUACCCGCUAUAUCUCUCUCUCUGUUCAGCCCGCACCCACGCGACCCCUGAACCCUAACUUCUCUCUCCCACCUCUCCGUUUCUCGUAUCUUUUCCAUCUCUCUCGCUCAGACUCUCUCCCGAUCGAACCCGCUGUUUGGGCUCUCGGAGGAGGAGGAGAAGAAGAAGAAGAAGAAACGGGCAAUGGGAGAUUUGUCUAACAUGAAUUUUGUAAUCUACAAUACAAGUCCAAUUUCAAUAGGAAGUUACUCAUGUAUUUUAACUGAUUCUUCAAUUAUAAAGAUAUGAUGUACCUAGACGAGGCAUCUUUUGGCAUUAUUCUACUUUGAAGUACAAGAUUGAUAUGGCUGGAUUAUUGCCAGGAGACCCUUCACAUCAUGGGAUGGUGGAAAGUGGACCAUACAAUUUUUCUCACGAUAAGCUGGAGGAACUUGAUCAUUCUAGUUCUAAUUGGUAUUUAUCUCGGAAGGAUAUUGAAGAAAACUCCCCAUCUAGAAAAGAUGGCAUUGAUUUGAAGAAAGAGACAUAUUUUCGUAAAUCAUACUGCACCUUUCUCCAGGAUUUGGGCAUGCGGCUUAAAGUGCCUCAGGUAACAAUAGCUACGGCAAUAAUAUUUUGUCAUCGUUUUUUCCUUCGCCAAUCUCAUGCCAAAAAUGAUAGGAGGAUUAUUGCGACAGUGUGCAUGUUCCUUGCUGGGAAGGUUGAAGAAACUCCUAGGCCACUGAAGGAUGUCAUUCUCGUUUCCUAUGAGAUGAUCAAUAAAAAGGACCCUGCUGCUGUCCAGAGAAUCAAACAGAAGGAAGUAUACGAACAACAAAAGGAGCUUAUUUUACUUGGGGAGAGGGUUGUGCUUUCUACUCUUGGUUUCGACCUUAAUGUGCACCACCCCUAUAAACCCCUUGUUGAAGCAAUAAAGAAAUUCAAGGUUGCGCAGAAUGCCCUUGCUCAAGUUGCAUGGAAUUUUGUCAAUGAUGGGCUGCGGACAUCACUCUGCCUGCAAUUUAAGCCCCAUCAUAUUGCAGCUGGUGCCAUCUUCCUUGCUGCUAAGUUUCUGAAAGUGAAGCUUCCAUCUGAUGGCGAGAAGGUCUGGUGGCAAGAAUUUGAUGUUACCCCACGGCAGUUGGAAGAGGUUAGCAAUCAAAUGUUGGAACUGUAUGAGCAAAACCGUACAGCACCACCGCCUUCUAACGGGAGUUCAGGUGAAGGGUUUAAUCAUCAUCGAGGAGCAAUGGUGAAGACUCCAGCCGGUGUUGACCCUGUCUCAAUAAACAGCUAUUCUCCGGCUGUUGGAGCAGCCACUCUCAAGCAAGGAGGCCCAAUUGUAUCAUCAGUUCGAACAGGGCCGGACCAAUCAUCUACAGACAAUCAUCAAAGUGUGCCUCAAAGAAGUAUUCAAAACCAAAGUAAUGAUUACGGAAGCACAGAGACCAGGAGUGACUACAAGGUGUUAGAUGGCAGUGGUGGAAGUAGGGACCGCCGACAUCAUGAACCAGAUCAAUUUCCCUGUAGCAGCAGCCAGGAAAACAUUGCUGAAGCCUCAAACAGAUCCAAGAAUGUUACUAGUUCAGAUUCAGAAAGAAACGAGGCUACUGUGGAAACGAGGGAAUGGAAGGAUGAAGGGUUGUCGCACAAGUCCUCUGGCAAUAUGGGUGGUCAGAGUUCUUCAUACGGUGAAGGGCUGAAAGGUUACUGUCCACCAGAUGCCAUCAGAAAGAUUGACAAGGAGAAGUUUAAGGCAGCACUAGAGAAGCGAAGGAAAUUCCGAGCUGAUGUGACCAGGAAGGCAGACUUUAUGGAUGAGUAUGAUAUCAUCGAGAGGGAGCUGGAAAGUGGUGUGGAAUUGGCAGCCGAGGAUGAGAAAGUAAGGCAGGAGAGGAGGCAGAGCUGGUCUAAUAAUAAGCAACAGCCUUUGUACAGGCUGGAACCUGAGAAGGCUGCCCCUAAUCUUGGGAAGGUGCACGGUGAUGUUGGUGGAGGAGACAAAAAUUUCCUUCCGAUCAAACAGCAGUCAUCAGGGAGUGAUGGUGGCGGUAGGGUGAGGUCAGCAUCUGUUGAAUCGGAAGAAAUGGUCCAUGGAAGUGAGCCGGAUGGUCUGGAGAAUGCAGAAGAAGGGGAGUUGUCCUUCGAUCCUCCUCGGGAACUCCAUUCUCCAAAGUCCAGUAGUCGCAAGCGCAGAGCAGCAGCAAGCCCAAUCAAACAACAUGACUUCCAGCAGCAUCCUCAUCCUCCAGUGGCAACUUACCACCACCGCAGUCACCAAAUUGCGGAAGAAGGACGGGUUGAUCGUGUGGAAAGAGAUCAUAGAAGGCACAGACAGGGAAAUCACAUCUGAGAUACGUGUGCACAUGCCUGCAUGGCCCUCUAUUCCAUGGGGCAUUUGAAUACCCUAUUACUAUGGGCAUAUAAUAAAUGUAUUCUUUUGUACCUAGUAAAAAGGCAUGCACAUUGGACAAUGCACUCUUCGGACCCAUAUUUAGGUGAAGAAACAAAAAGAAAUGCUAACACAUCUAGAUCAGAUGGAGGAGAAGAGUUUAGACAUGCUAAUGAGACCUGGGCCAUUGCUUUGAAAAUGCUUUGGUCCAAAUAUAUAGGUUGGGCAAUGCUUCUCUGUUGA